ACCCCGGCUCGCUGAGUCGGUAAGAGAACACAACGUCGUAUGAUAUCUGGCCGAUCUCCGCCGGGGAUUAUUUCUGACGAAUUUACCAGGGGUGGAUUCUGAUAUUGAUUUAUUAUAUACGGUUUGCAAUGAUCCGACCUGGAGAAAACGGAAUGUCCCGUAUCAAGAGAGAAUAGCAGCGCGAUUAGCGACAUCGGAAACCAUGCCCUGUUCCAGCUAAUUGUCCCUUUAAGACGGAAAUGUUUUUCUGUUUCCGUCUCUUAUGUGUUUCUUCUAUCUAUUUCGUGUGUGCCUAAGAGGCGAUGGGGCCUUGAUAGCCCCCGCACGCUGAGGCAUCUCCUUAGAGUAGAUCGAUAUCGGGCCAGGCUCUCCCUGUCGCAUUUACUCCGCAUACACAAAGCUAUCGUUCCCUUUUAGCACUCCGACCUUAUCGAAGAGUAAACAUCCUUACGGUCUUGGCAUAUAUCAAAAUGGGCUCUGUCGGGGGAGAACAGCCAACUGAACAAAAGUCGACCCCGUUCAAUCUGACCGAGGUCGACCGCCAAGUCCUUGCUCAAACAGACGAGGAGUUCGUAUAUCAUGACUGGGAAGAUCUGAAAGGGAUAAUUGCUCGAAAUGAUCUCGCAAUCCUCCGUCGCAAACCCUCCGAUCUCCGUCGCUACAUAACCUGGACAAACGACAUCAAAUCCACCCACGGCUCCAUCACAAAAUACAUAUGCCUCAAACGUCUCCAAUGGUGGGCACCUCACCCAUCCUUGAAUCUGGUAGAGACACCCAUCCCAGAAAUCCCCUUCAAAAACCCAACUCCAUUCGCAGAUCCGUCCGAUUAUAAGGUCUUGCGCAACGAUUGGCCUUACGGCGUUACGCCGGAUAUCACGCACAUUGUCGUUUGGUCCAAGACUCCUAUUGCCACAAAACCUGAGAACGGGGAUGUUACGGAUGAAUCUCGAGCGUUGAUUGAAGGGUUUGUAGAUCGGACGUUUGUGCAGCGUCUAGAAAAGGAUCCGGUGUUCGAGGGUGUGCAUAAAGAUGUCAUUAGGAAUAACCAUGUGCUGUGGUUUAAGAAUUGGACUGCGCUGCAGAGUGUGAGGAGUCUGGAGCAUUUUCAUGUGCUGGUUAGAGGGGUUCCGGACGCUGUGAUCACUGAAUGGACGGAUGAGAGUGGUGUAGUGCGGUAGUUCUUCUACUCGAGGCGGAUAUUGACUAUCAAUAAGUUAUUGUACUGCUCAAAAGAGCAGGUCGACAUUCCAGCAAGCCAAUCGGAAGUGCAUCACCUUUUAUGCCCUAUACAUACACUAAUAUAGCAAAGCUAAAGGAAGAAAGACAUUCCAUCGUACACGGCCAGCAGAAUAAAGGGAAUAUGGAUAUAAAAUGAAGCGAAAUAGAGCAAGAAUGAAAACAUUGAGAAUCGGAAACGCCGUCACACGUCUUUCUGAAAUAAUACAAGUCUCGUAUGAUUACGACUUUUGCUCCUCCACGAACUUGAGAGCUUCCUCCUUGGAAACCACAUCGAUGGUACUAGCCUUGUUGCGGAAGCUGACACCAUAGCAUUUCUCCGCAACGUGGAGCAUUUCAGGCCGGAACGUCGUGCAGAUAAACUGACCGUUUGUAGAAUCUGAGAUGGACUGUAGCAUUUGAGCCACGGCAGUA